UCGAAAUUACACUGACCAAGAUGCUUUGCGCGGAAAUACACUUCCUAGUUACUUGUCGCUAUGCCGGUCAGCUGUGGUGUCUAAAACAACAACUGCCAGGAAGAUAUUUUUGCUGUAGUCGCUGAGUUUGUCAACAGAUCAAGUCCCAGAAGAAAGAAGGAAGAAGUGAAGACAGCAUUUACAUCUCAUAUGAAAAGGAGAGAGUGGUUACCCAGAAUGGAGGAUUUCAGGCGGACGUACCUGCGACUGUGUAAGGAGAAAGGUGUGGAGCCCCAGGAGAGUAUUGUGGCUCAGCUCCAGGAGAGCAGAGCUGCUCAGGGCUUCAGAUUGGACCUGAGUGGACAGAGCCUGUCUGUGGACACCUGCUCUGUGCUGGCCAGGGCCUUCCAAAAAGAUAUCAUCUUGACAGAGGUGUCGCUCAGUGACUGCAUGCUCAGCCAGGAAGGAGCCAAAGUACUUCUGACCGGACUGUUUGGCAACACAACUGUGAAAAUCCUGGAUCUGAAGGGAAAUAACCUAAGAUCAGCAGGGGCGGAGGCGUUGGGAACGUUGUUGGCACGCAACAAAACUCUGCGUAGGCUGGUGUUGGAGUGGAAUGCGUUGGGGGUGUGGGAUGAGGCCUUCUCACUCUUUUGUGAGGGAUUGGCCUCCAACAGCGUGCUGACACAGCUGGACCUGCGCAACAAUCAGAUCAACCACCACGGAGCAUCGGCGCUUGCUAUGGCACUGAAACACAACACCAUCCUGGAAGUGCUAGAUCUGAGGUGGAACAACAUUGGUCUGCUGGGUGGCAGGUCCCUGCUAGAGGCUUUGCAGAAAAACAAGAGCAUAGUGCAGCUGGAGAUGGCAGGGAACAAUAUUCCCAGUGAUACACUCAGAGCACUUGAGCAGACCAUAGGGCACAACUCAGACAGACAGUCCACCCUGAGAGAGAGUCGCAGCAGGACCCAGCUCCUCAGCAUGGAGAUUCAGACACUGAGGGACAAGAAGGGACACCAGUUCCGAAGCCUGAUGGAAACCAUAGACAGGCAGAGGGAGGAGAUAGGACACUCCACCAGGUCCACCUCCAUUCAGUUAGGCCAACUCCAGGAAGCCCUGAAUGAGAGGAAGUCAGCUGUCAACUCUCUCACUGCCAAACUGCAGAUGACAGAGGCUGCCCUUGCCCUCUCUGAGCAGAAAAAUCACAACAUGGGAGAACUGCUGACUCGAGUGAAGGCUGAGAAAGAAGAACAGAGGGAGCGCCACAGCAGAGAGAGGAUGAAAGAGCAAGAGGACUGUGCGCUCAGAGAGGGCAAACUCCUCAGAGAGAUCCAAAACCUGACUGAAACCAACAUCCAACUCAGGAAUCAAGUAGAAGAAAUGGAGUGCAGGUGUAAAUCUCAGCAGCACCAGAUCUUUGAGCUGAAGCAAGAACUGACCAACAGUACAGCUGAACUCAAGCUGCGACUAGCACAGGCAGAAGACCGUCUGGAGAAAGAAAAACGAAGGUCCAAACAAGCCCUGGAGGACAUGGACAGUCUCCGACAGAAAGAGGUGGAGCAUGUGAAUCAUCAUCUAGAAGAGAGUGAGAGAGCCCUGCAAGAACGCAUCUUCAAACUGGAGGGACAGCGGAUACAAUUGGAAGAGGAGCUGAGUAAAGCCAAAGCAGCGUGUGUGACAGAGAGGGCCCAGGCAGAGGAGGAACUGGGAAGAGUCCGAGCUCAAGUGCGUCUGGAAGAGCAGGAGAAUUUGUCAUCCUUAGAGGAGAAGCUUCGCUCCACGCGUUCCUCUUUACAGGAGGUCCAGCUCCACUGCUCCCAGCAGAAGCAGACCAUCUCUGAGCUGCAGGGCAAGACCAGCCAUCAGAGCGCCGAGAUGGACGGACUGCGGCGCAGGAUACAGGAGCUCCAGCAGGAGCUGUCAGGUAAGGACCAGGAAAAGGUGGCUGAGGUGAGCCGGGUCAGGGUGGAACUGCAGGAGCAGAUCGGACAUUUACAGGCAGAGAGGACAGCCCAGGGAGGACUCAAAGAGAAAAUCAGUGCUCUGGAGAGAGAGAUUAAAGUACUGAGCAGUAACCACAGAGAGGCGCUCCUUGACAAAGAGAGUGAGAUGUCUUCCAUGCUGGAGAAGCUGCGACUGAAGGAGGCGGAGAUCCAGAGGAUGAGGGAGGAUGAGGCCAACAGAGCCAGUUACCUGCAGAGUGCAAUCCUCACCUAUGUUCAGGGCUCCCCUCUUGGACAGUACAGCAGCCCCAAGAAAUGACCCAGAGAGCCCGACACCUUAGCUGGAAGUGAGCCCUCACUGGGAUCCUGCACAGGUCAGGAGAGUCUGCAGAGUAAAAAAAACCAAAACAUUCAUGAUUCCCUGGACCAAAAAGUUUUUUUAUGGGCUGGGCAGUGUGACUAUAAGCACAACAAAAUGUGCAGAUACAGUCACAAAGCUAGACGCCAUCUCGCAAUGGGAUCACAUCAGCCACAACGCCCGUCAACAUGAUUGACGUUGACCUAGUAGUCAUGGGUUGAAUCGCAUGUAGCUAUAGUGCUACAUUGCCCUCAUACUAGCCUCCCUUCUUUAGUCCCAACACAAAUACUCAGUUUACAGUAACAGGGACUUUUCUUAACACGUCUUUUAAUCUUGUUUUAGAACAUUUGUCUAAGGAUGGCAGUGUUGGUCAGGGAGUCAAUAUUGAAAAUUUAAAGGAAAAUUAUGGUUUAUUACAGAUUGAAUCUCAUUUUCACUGUUUUGUCCAUCAUUUUUCUCUAUCAUGAUAAGACGGUAGUCACUAAUAACUAAUAGUAAUUGCUGAGAACUGGGAAUAAAGUGACAUCACUAAAAAGAAGCCAUGAGUUUAUGCAGAGGAUCUAAACCACUUUAUUUCGAGGCAUAAGUAUGAGUGAGCACAUCUGAAAUAUCAUUAAUAAUCACAAAUUGUCAAAGUUGAAGCAGGAAGUGAGUGUGUGAAAAUGUGAUGCAUAUUUACAACAGACAGUUUGGUGAAUAAGUUUCAUUUUCAUCUUGGUUUUUUCUUCCAUAUAAGUUUGGUUAACCUGGUUCCAGACCUCUGUAUCACCACCCCAGACACAGAUUUGUUCAUAGGUCUGCUGUUGUGCCCAAUGAUGACUGUUUCCACUGUUUGGAGAAACAGUCGACUACUCAGAGCUUUGUAGGCAGGAUUAAGAAUGGGACUGUCAAAACUAUAUGAAAUUUACUCAAGUUUGCAAUUUUCUUCGCUGGUCUGUCAGUCUGGCCAUCCCUCCAUCCACUCCUACACUUCGUUCCUUAGCUUAGCUUACCUAGAGUCUACAGCCAUGCUAGAGGUACUGAGAGGCUGUGCUUUAAGCUAAACACAAUGACAAUUCUUACAUACUGAUAUUAGGCAGAUAUGUUUUUAUGUAUAAUGUCACCAUCCUAGUUUUGCAUGUUAGCAUGCUAAAAUUUGUGAGCAAUAAACAAACUACAGCUGAGGAUGAGGGAUAUGUCUUUAGUUUUGCAGGUAUCUGGUCAUAAACCAAAGUAUUCAAUAAAUUGGAAUUUUGACCUGGUGAUUGCACUAGAUGAGAAGUCAGAGCAUCAGCAAAGUAUUUACAAAUUAUGUUGCGAAGGAUAUGAAUGUGUGUAGCAAAUUUGAUGCUAAUCCAUCCAACAGUUGUCGAGACAUUUCCCUCAAAAACCAUAAAUGGUCAAAUUCAUGGCACUAGAGGAAGAGUCAGGGAACUAUCACAGUCAUUAGGGUACACCAUUAAAGAACCAUUACUAUCUGUACCAAAUUUCAUGGCUAUCCUUGAAUAUAGAAUACUUGUUGAGAUAUUUCAGUUAAGAUCAAAAUGGUGGACCAAACAAAAGACUGACAUUGCCAUCCUAAGAGCCAUGCCAGUAACAUGGGCAAAACGUACUGGCUUGAGAUCCAUGGCAUCAGCUGUGGAUAUUCAUGGUCCCCUUUACAUUUUUACAUCUUGCGAAAAAUGUAGCAAUUCAGCACAUUUAUGCUUUUGAGUCUAUGAGCCUUUCAUCUAUCACCACUCUCAGGGCAAAGUGUACAUUUUACCCCGACUACUAGUGAAGUUAUAUUAUAACCAAUGACUGUUUGACCAAGAAGCAGAACACAAACUCUGGCUGAACAAGUUGAACAGGAUUUAUUGUUAGGUAAUGAAGGCUGAGUAGGCUGAGGUGAGGACUGAGGGAUGAAUGAGAGGCGGGCGAGUGGGCGAUGAGUGGCGGAGCGGAAGAGCCGAUGGUAGCUGAAGCAAGGCUGGGAGAUGUUGAGUAGCAGGCAGGUAGGCAGGAUGAGGUUUAGUCCUAGAGUGCAGGAGAUACAGUAUAACGUUAGUCAAAAAGGCAAAAUAUGAGGAAGCAAAAAACUUGAGCAAAAAACACACAAUGGGGCCUUAGCAUUUUUACCACACAGGUAGACUGAAUGACCUGGCAACGAGUGACUGGAAAACAUGGGUUUAAAUACUGCACACUGAUGAAAUGAUGAGGAGCAGGUGAGCUGGCUGACGCGAUCAGGAGGAGGCCUAGAGUGAAGGGGGUGAGGUGCAGGGUGGAUCACCACACCCAGAGACCCACAGCUACGCACAGACGAACAGAGAGAGACACAAACACUGGAAACACAAGGAAAGAGGGGGGAAAACCUGGAGCCUUGGCCAAGACCAUGACAGCUCUAUAAAAAGUUGAAUAAACAGUACAUUGUUUAUUCAGUCCAACGCAUUCAGAUCAUGGGCUGUAAUGAACACUUCAGCCUCUAGGGUUUGCUGUCAGUGCGUUAGACUUUUACCUUUUUUAAAAUAAUUAUUAUAUUAAAAAAAAAUGAUAACAGACUCUGAGCUGACAAGCGUGCACCUGCCCAUAUUCAUAUGAUCUCUGAAAAUCGAACUGUAUCAACCGAUGAUCCCAGCACAAGAGCUAUCGAGGAAUAUACAUUCAUAGCAUUAAACAUGAAAGUUGACGGAGCAUCCUAACAUAGAAAAGUUAGACUACCGUUUUUAGAUUAUAUGCCAUGUUGGUUGUUGAGCUGUGAUAUGUAAACUGCUGUUUGCAAAGUUUACGCUCGACUUUUUGGUCAUCUGUUAUAAAAAAUAUAUAUCAGCCACACCGAUAACUUCUUUGACAUGGUGUUAAUUAGUUUGGAGCCGACUCCGAGUAAAUGUUUAGUAAAGGUUAAAUAAGUUAGACCUAGUAGUCUCCAUUAGGCUGGGUAAGUUCAGCUUUGUAAAAAUCAGAGUGUUUUCAAAACAUAGUCUUACCUCCCGCUGCUAAAAAUAUUGGAUUAAUCCUGGAAGGCUAUUGAUGUAGUGCUUUCCUUCGUAUGAUAGUGACACCAGCGACUGUCCGACCAAUGAGAGUGUGGUCGGACGAGAGCACAUCGACCAACCCAUUGACCGGGAGACUGGGACACUACAGUCCUACAAGUUUCAAAACAUGUUUUAUCUCUUCUUGAGUUCAAGUGUUUGUUUUUAGUUAUGCAGUAAUGGAGCAAUAAUCCAAAUUCUUUUUCCAGAUGUCUAUUAUUUCUCCUCUUUUCAGAGAUAAAUUAAGGGGUAAAAACAUUCUCAGGGGACUUAACUGUGCCUCGAAGUAACUGCAAGUGAUCAUUUAUGUUCAUGUUAUGUAUUCACUGUCCAGCUCCAUUCUGUUGAGCCCAUUCUUCUUUUUUUUCGUCUCAAUGAAUUAAAGGCGGUGUGGCUUUGUUAGAGAGUUUACAUCCAAAAUGAGAUUUGGUUCAAAUAUGCCGUAAUAUUUUACCCAUCAGAACAGAUGGCUGCCCCCCUGCAGGUCAUAUGCAGAGAGCAGGAAUAAUGAUUCCCAAAACGUUAUCUGCUGUUUUUACAAUUUUUUUUUUAAUAAUACAAAUUGCAGUUUUAUAUCUUGGUAUUUUUUCAGAUAUGUGAUGGAUAUUUUAUUU